AGUCCAGCAGCGUCCGCCUCCUCCUUCAUUCUCGAUUGAGUUCAACGUCAAGCGUUCGAACAAUUCCCUUCGUAGUUUCGGAUUGCAGUUCUGGUUCUUCUUCAAGCUUGAAAAUGGCGUCGAUUCAUCUGUCGGAACUUGACUCCAACGCCACCGACUCAGGUGCAUCGUCGCCGAGAUUCGACCACCACUUUCGCGAUCCACAUGCUCGAGUUCGAUUCAUGUGCAGUUUCGGUGGCAAUAUCUUACCCCGGCCGCAUGAUAAUCAGCUCCGAUACGUUGGCGGUGAGACUCGCAUUGUCGCCGUUCAACGUUCCACUACUUUCUCCUAUUUCCUCGCCAAACUCGCUAAGAUCACCGGGACAAUUAACAUGAACAUAAAGUACCAGCUUCCGAAUGAAGAUCUCGACGCCUUGAUUUCAGUGUCGACGGAUGAAGAUGUGGAGAAUAUGAUGGAUGAGUAUGAUCGGCUUGUACAGAAUCAUGAUCCAAAAUCGGAUAGGCUGCGAUUGUUUCUAUUUCCGAGAGGGGAAGAUUCCAGAGCCAGUAGUAUUAAUUCUCUCCUCGGCGGCUCCACAAAUCGGGAUCACUGGUUUCUUGACGCUCUCAACGGCGGCGCUCCAGUGCCGGAGCUCGAGCGUGGUCGGUCGGAGGUUUAUUCCAUCGUCUCUGAAGUACCGGACUAUUUGUUCGGUCUCGACAAUCAGGAAGAUGCUUCGACUCAAUCACGAGAACCUAAAUUGAAGAGUCGAUUUAAUAUCAAUCCGUCUGAGAAUGUUUCGGCUUCGAAUCCUGAAUCGCCAUCCCCUUUCGUACCAUCGGCGACUUGUGUGACUUCGAUGCCCAGUCUUGCACCGGUUAAAACUCGGCCCGAUACGCCGUCACCGAGGGCAGAGGCGGUGGAUAAAACGCCGGAGAAUUGUGAACCGCCGGCGAUGCCGUUCUCUCAACCGACCGGGUUUCCGAAUAACCCGAUGAUGCAUUAUUUCCCGGGUUCAAAUUAUCCGGGUCAUCAACCGGUCGUCUACCUUCUUCCAGGUCAGAUUCCGCCUGGUAAUGUUCCUGUCCAGCAUAUUCCGACCCAGCCUCCGUCUCCGUACGUUCAACAGUUCCCUCCGGUGGGUGGGGGUCAGGUGCCAUUAGCGUAUCAUCACCCAGUUACAAUGGGGGGGCAAGUGUACGGAGGAGGAAUGGGUCCAGUGAGUGGCUACGAUCCACAGGCGGAGGCGGCGAGGAUCGCCGCCGACGGCGUUAGCCAACAGAUGUAUUAUGGAGUCCAAAAUACAGCGAGGGCUCCGCCGUAUGCGGGGGCUAUGAUGGCACCUUUGGCGGCCGAAGAAUUUCGAGGAAGUGGAUCGGAAACAAGGACCGGUAGCCGAGUAUAGCUAUAGCAAUAGCAGCAGACGGUCGAAAAGGAUCAGUUAAUUAGAUUUGUAAUUUUUACAACAAAUUAAAAAUUUGGGAUUUGGUGGUUGAUUAUGGGUUU